UGGGGCACCCAGAGCAUUCUGCUGUCUCUGCAGUUCCUUGUUGGGAUCAUACCAGGCUUCUUGAAGAUUCUUCUUUAUACACGCUUAAAAGGGCACUUAAUUUGGAAUUUAAAAUGUGAAUGGUUAUUCAUCUUUCCUACAUUAUCGAGGAGUUGGCCCAAGGGUGCCAGUCCUGUCAAGAAGUUGUCAGUUAUUUUCUGUGGAUGAAGAAGAGAUUGCUUAUGAUGGAGAGAGGCAAGCUGGGAAAUGGAAUUUGAGCUGAGUCUUGAGUGCUGGCCAGUUCUUCAGCAGGUACACAUAAAAUACAAAAGACAGAAGUUACAAAGGAAGAAUAAGAUACUGCUGCUACAAUGCAUCUGAGCCAGAUGGUGUAUCUUGUGCCACACUCAAAAAGGUACUGAAGAUUUGUAAAUACUCAGAGCUGUCAAUGAGAGAUACAACUGACUGGGGUAUUGGAAAGCAAAGUCAUUGCAGGAGUGGCCACCAUGCGUAAAGGGGUACCAAAGGACCCAGAGAUUGCUGAUCUGUUCUACAAAGAUGACCCUGAAGAACUCUUUAUUGGUUUGCAUGAAAUUGGACAUGGAAGUUUUGGAGCAGUGUAUUUCGCCACAAAUGCUCACACCAAUGAGGUGGUGGCAGUUAAGAAAAUGUCCUACAGCGGAAAACAGACACAUGAGAAAUGGCAAGAUAUACUUAAAGAAGUUAAAUUUUUACGACAGCUGAAGCAUCCUAAUACAAUUGAGUACAAAGGCUGUUAUUUGAAAGAGCACACUGCUUGGUUGGUGAUGGAGUAUUGCUUAGGCUCUGCUUCUGACUUGUUAGAAGUUCAUAAAAAGCCACUUCAGGAAGUGGAGAUUGCUGCCAUUACCCAUGGUGCUUUGCAGGGGCUAGCCUAUCUACAUUCUCAUGCAUUGAUUCACAGGGACAUUAAGGCAGGAAAUAUUCUCCUGACAGAGCCAGGCCAGGUGAAACUGGCUGAUUUUGGAUCUGCCUCCAUAGCUUCUCCUGCUAAUUCCUUCGUAGGCACACCUUAUUGGAUGGCUCCAGAAGUGAUCUUAGCUAUGGAUGAAGGACAGUAUGAUGGGAAAGUUGACAUUUGGUCCCUUGGGAUUACCUGCAUAGAACUGGCGGAAAGGAAGCCCCCACUUUUCAACAUGAACGCAAUGAGUGCUUUGUAUCACAUCGCUCAGAACGACUCCCCCACCUUGCAGUCCAGUGAAUGGACAGACUCCUUCAGGAGAUUUGUUGAUUACUGCUUGCAGAAAAUACCUCAGGAAAGGCCAACAUCAGCAGAAUUGUUACGGCAUGACUUUGUUCGGCGGGAACGGCCACCUCGAGUCCUCAUUGACCUCAUACAGAGGACCAAAGAUGCUGUGCGUGAGCUGGACAACCUACAGUACCGGAAAAUGAAAAAAAUCCUCUUCCAAGAGACUCGAAAUGGACCCUUAAAUGAGUCCCAAGAAGAUGAAGAGGACAGCGAACAUGGGAGCACCCUGACCAGGGAAAUGGACAGCCUAGGCAGCAACCACUCCAUCCCCAGUGUGUCAGUGAGCACCGGCAGCCAGAGCAGCAGUGUGAACAGCAUGCAGGAGCUCAUGGACCAGAGCAGCUCUGAGAUGGUCAUGUCACAUGAUGAGGAAGGCACAGUAAACUCCAGCUCCUCCAUUGUGCACAAGAAGGGUCAUGUAUUCAUAAGGGAUGAGGCGGGCCACGGCGAUCCCAGGCCUGAGCCGCGGCCUACCCAGUCAGUUCAGAGCCAGGCCCUCCACUAUCGGAACAGAGAGCGCUUUGCCACGAUCAAAUCAGCAUCUUUGGUUACACGGCAGAUCCAUGAGCAUGAGCAGGAGAACGAGUUACGGGAACAGAUGUCAGGUUAUAAGCGGAUGCGGCGCCAGCACCAGAAGCAGCUGAUCGCCCUGGAGAACAAGCUGAAGGCUGAGAUGGACGAGCACCGCCUCAAACUCCAGAAGGAGGUGGAGACGCAUGCCAACAACUCGUCCAUCGAGCUGGAGAAGCUGGCCAAGAAGCAAGUGGCUAUCAUAGAAAAGGAGGCAAAGGUAGCUGCAGCAGAUGAGAAGAAGUUCCAGCAACAGAUCUUGGCCCAGCAGAAGAAAGACUUGACAACUUUCUUAGAAAGUCAGAAGAAGCAGUAUAAGAUUUGCAAGGAAAAAAUAAAAGAGGAAAUGAAUGAGGACCAUAGCACACCCAAGAAAGAAAAGCAAGAACGGAUCUCCAAGCAUAAAGAGAACCUGCAGCACACACAGGCUGAAGAGGAAGCCCACCUUCUCACCCAGCAGAGACUGUACUAUGACAAACACUGUCGUUUCUUCAAGCGGAAAAUUAUGAUCAAGCGGCAUGAGGUGGAGCAGCAGAACAUUCGGGAGGAACUCAACAAGAAGAGGACGCAGAAGGAGAUGGAGCACGCCAUGCUGAUCCGGCAUGACGAGUCUACCCGGGAGCUGGAGUACCGGCAGCUGCACACGCUACAGAAGCUCCGCAUGGAUCUGAUCCGUUUGCAGCACCAGACUGAACUGGAGAACCAGCUGGAGUACAAUAAGAGGCGAGAGAGGGAGCUGCACAGGAAGCAUGUCAUGGAACUUCGGCAGCAGCCAAAAAACUUAAAGGCCAUGGAAAUGCAAAUUAAAAAACAGUUUCAGGACACUUGCAAAGUACAGACCAAACAGUAUAAAGCACUCAAGAAUCACCAGUUGGAAGUCACUCCAAAGAAUGAGCACAAAACAAUCUUAAAGACACUGAAAGACGAGCAGACGCGAAAACUGGCCAUUCUGGCCGAGCAGUAUGAACAGAGUAUAAAUGAAAUGAUGGCUUCUCAAGCGUUACGGCUAGAUGAGGCUCAGGAAGCAGAAUGCCAGGCCUUGAGGCUACAGCUCCAGCAGGAAAUGGAGCUGCUCAACGCCUACCAGAGCAAAAUCAAGAUGCAGACAGAGGCACAACAUGAACGUGAGCUCCAGAAGCUAGAGCAGAGGGUGUCUCUGCGCAGAGCACAUCUUGAGCAGAAGAUUGAAGAGGAGCUGGCUGCCCUGCAGAAGGAACGCAGCGAGAGAAUCAAGUUCCUCUUGGAAAGGCAAGAGCGAGAGAUUGAAACUUUUGACAUGGAGAGCCUCAGAAUGGGAUUUGGGAAUUUGGUUACAUUAGAUUUUCCUAAGGAGGACUAUAGAUGAGAUUAAAUUUUUUUGCCAUUUACAAAAAAAAAAUGAAAACAGAAAAAGUUGAGACCCUGCAAAACCACAUUCCCCAUUUGAACGGGCGUUUCUGUCACUCUCUCUCUCUCUUACUCUUACUGACACCGUGUCGGACUAGUGCCUGUGUAUUCUUCCUCCAUCAGGGGCCCCUUCCUCCCCCGUGUCCACUUGCAGUGCUGGCCAGCUUCCGGCCGCCUUCUCUCCAUAACCCACGUCAUGCUGACGUGGCUGCAGAUUCACAAGAACCUCGGAGACACUUUGAACAAAAAACCAAUAAACCAACAACGAAAAGUGGAUGGAUAUUGCUUUAAGCAAUCGCUCAAUCUGUGAAAG